AGGGAGGGAGAGGGGAGAUAUAGGGAUGAGAUGUAGGGAGCAAGGGUAUGAUUGCCUUUAGCCCAUCUUGUCCUAGCCUCCCACGCAGAAGCUCUUGGGGCUAGGAACGCGUGACGUGCCCACCAUAUAGGCUCCGAUUACCAGCAACCGGCGGGAAAGGAGAGUCGAGAGAGCGGCGGAAAUCAAGCCUAUAUCCACCCAGGAGUCCAUUUCCACCACAAAAUCCUUCAAACCGAAUCAACGGAAAAUUCAUAUUUCACUUUACCACUUCUCCUUUGGCAAGAUACGCCAUUUGUAAUCGGGUGGACAACUGGACUUGAGGGUACCGGGAUCCAUGAUUCCAAUUUUCCAACUUUCCGGUAUACGUUUGUAUGGCCGUUUGAGUUCCGGUUGCUAGCUCGUUCCCAGAUCCUACACUGCAGAGAAACUCGAAGGCGCCGAAAUAUUACGCUCCUAUUGCCGGUCUUUAGAAAAUCGAAAUCUUGUAAAAUAUACACAUACAAGAUAGAAAUAUGUCGACAACAGACAUUCUUUACUUGUCAAUGUUACUAGGAUCGAUUCCAUACGGCCAUCUUGUGAAAAUCUCCGGCACACCUGCCCGUAAACAGCUCCUGUGUACAGCUGCUGGAAUCUGCUUGUCAAUGGCUUUGGUGGGAUUUUGGGGCAUUUUGCAUUCGUUUGUCACGAUUUUAGGCACUUAUUUGAUAGUUAUUUCUCUUGGUCCAAGGCGCUGUGAGUGGGUAGCAUUUCUGUAUGUGUUUGGUUAUUUGUUCUUCUUCCGAACCUGUAGAUAUUUUGGCUUUGAGAAGCCACCAGAACAUAGCAAUGCUAUUCAACUGUUAGUUACCUUGAGGUGUUGUACUUUACCGUUUGAAAUAUUUGACUCUGAGGAAGCCAGCGAGGCAUAUUCCAAGAAGUCAAAACGACCGUCUUUUUACGAGUUUCUCAGCUAUUCUUACUGUUACUGUGGGCUGACAACUGGGCCGUAUUAUCGCUACAAGACUUUCAAAGACAUGAUCAAUCAAGAACAUCCCGAACAGAUCUCAACCAUCAUUCCAGCCAUGAGGAAUCUAAGGACUUUACCUUUUUUUGGUGUAACCUACCUUGUGUUAAACCAUUUCUUUCCAGUCAGCCACAUUGCAAGUGAUGAGUAUGUUAACCACCCCUGGGGGAUGGCGUUCCAGCUAGCCUAUCUUGUACCAACAUUCAUUGGGUUUCGGUGGCGAUUUUACAUAGGCUGGCUCUUAGCUGAGAGUUGCUGUAUGACCCUUGGUUUGGGAGCGUAUCCAUUUCAAACAGAUCCUAGAGCUGGAUUUGGGCCUACUAAGUCAAUACCAGAAGAAAAUGGCAUAGUUAAUACGGGAACUGCUUCGGAGCAAAAUGAUGAGCCUUAUAAAGACACCCACAGCUUUGAAACCAUCCACAAUAUAAAUAUCUUUGAGGUGGAGUUUUCACCUUCCAUGUCAAACACAAUGAAAAACUGGAACUUGUCUGUUCAAUGGUGGAUUGCUACUUACAUUCACAGAAAAGCACCAUUUAAGAACAGAAAUUUGAGGAUGUUCACUACACUUUUCGUGAGUGCCUUUUGGCAUGGUGUUGCUCCGGGAUAUUACCUCACUUUCUUGUGCGUUCCACUGGUAGUUAUUGCUGAGGUGCGAAUGGAGAAAGCUAUCAAGCCUUACUUAUCACCAAAACUCUGUUACUACUACGACUGGCUCAGCUGGUUUUUCCAUUACCGCUCCAUGGAGUACCUUGGCUGUGGAUUUAUGCUCCUUCAGCUUGCCCCAUGUUGGGCAGCAUGGAGGAGUGUUUACUUCAUUGGACAUAUUGUCCUUUUGGCAUUUAUUAUUAUUCCAUUCUUCAUUCCCAAGAAAAAUACCAGUGACAAAGAAGCCAGAAAAAAGUUGUCUUGAUUACAGCUGUAGUUACACAUUGUUUCAUUCCAAAGUAUAUAUUAAAAGGGUGCGAUAUUAGACUACCUUAUGGUAAAUGGUUACAACAAAGCCGGUUUGGAAAGUCAGCUAUUUAUUUUCACCUAAUUCCUGUAUUGUUUUUGAAGUGUAUGUGAUGUUAAGCUUCGGGACAGAAAUGCAAGCAGAAGUGAGGCUACACUGGCUUUUGUUGUUAUUGCAGCACGUUGCUGCAAAUAAUAUUAUUACUUAUAUGUUUGAUGCCAAUCUAUGAUUGUACAUUUGAUUCACUGAUUUCUCAUAAUCAUACUUGUUAUCAUUUCAUUGGAAGAUUUAUUUUCCCUUGCUACUAGCUUCAUGCAAUCACUGCUUGUUGUGGAGGUGUGGUGGCCUCAUGGUUAGUGUGCUCGUCUCCGGAUUGAGCAGUCCGGGUUCGAGCCCUGGCCGGGGAGU